AUGGACUCCACCGGUGCGAUCAGUGACUCGGCAAUGUACCCGACGGGUUUAACACCCUGCCGGUUCCCGCGGUUUAGCCGCCCGGCCAUUGACACCGCAGCCGCCCGCCGACCAAUCGCCUCUGCCCGUGUGGCUGUGGAGCACGCGGACAAGCUGCUAGCGCUGUCGACGACAGACCCCGACGGGCUCGGCGCCGUGCUCCGGACUGCCUGGGCGCUACUGUUGCGCUGCUACACCGGCCAGGACGACGUUAGCUUUGGCUUCCAGCGCGGCGGGGACGACACCGGUGAGCCCAUUGUUGCACGUUUUGUGCUGGACGACUCCGCGUCUGUUGCCGAGACGGUGGGCCGCGCCAAGACGGAGCUUGCCGGCAAUCCGUCCCCGCCUCCUGCCGGACUCGUCCGCUCCGGGGAUCACGCCCUCUUCGACACGGCAGUCGCGCUGUGGGGCUUUACUGGGACAUUGGCACCGUGUCAAGUUCUAGCACCGCACAAGCUCCGCCUCCUGGUGAAGCACGGCGAGGCCAGCCUGGGCCUGUUUCUGGAGUGGAACAGCAGCCUGCUCGGCAUGCCCACGGCGCAGGGCAACAUUGUGGCCAGCACGCUGGGCAAGAUCCUAUCGGGCCUCCUCACGAGCCCCCCGGACGCGCAGCUGGGCAAGCUUGACUGUCUGAGCCAGGCGAGCGUGGACCAGGUCUGCGCGUGGAACGGCAGUUGCUCGAUCCAGCCGGUCGAGCGCUGCGUCCACGACGUGGUUGCCGACCGCGUCCUCGAGCGUCCCGACGACGAGGCCGUCUGCGCCUGGGACGGCGAGCUGACGUACCGCGAGCUGAAUGCCGUGGCCGGCCGUCUGGCCGCUCGGCUGGUGCGGCUCGGGGUUGGCCCCGAGGUUUUGGUCCCGCUCUGCUUUGAUAAAUCUAAAUGGACCGUAGUAGCAAUGCUCGCGGUGCUGAGAGCGGGCGCGGCAUUUGUGCCUUUGGACCCAUCUCAUCCUGUCGGGAGGCUUCGGAGUCUCUGCGACUCGGUCGAGGCGAGGCUCAUGCUGUGCUCCCGUCAUCUCGUGCAGAUGCUUUCUGUGGUCUUGGACACAGUGGUGCCUGUAGAUGACGCCACCGUGACCGAGUCCGCCCAGGCAGAGCCCGAGGGGAGUGCCAUGAGUAUGACCAAAGCGUCUCCCAGCAACGCAGCGUAUGUCAUAUUCACAUCCGGAUCCACCGGUAAGCCCAAGGGCACCGUUAUCGAACACCGGGCCUUCUGCUCCAGCGCCCGGGCACACGCCCCGGCCCUGCGCAUCGACAGCACCUGCCGGGUACUGCAGUUUGCAGCGCACACCUUUGACGCCAGCCUCGUCGAGAUGCUCACGCCGCUCAUGGUCGGGGCCUGCGUCUGCAUCCCCAGCGAGCACGAGCGGCUCAACGACCUCGCGGGGGCCAUCGGCCGCAUGGGCGUUGACCAUGCCGUGCUGACGCCGUCGUUCGUCGGCUUCCUCGCACCGGCCGCCGUACCGGGGCUGCGCAGGCUCGUGCUGGCUGGCGAGGCCAUGGCGCCCUCGCACGUCGCCACGUGGUCACACAUCGAACUCGUCAACGGCUACGGGCCGGCCGAGACCGCCGUCGCGGCCGUGGUCAACUCGCGCGUCGGGCCCAACACCGAGGCAAACGACAUUGGAGUGCCGUGCGGUGUGCGCUGCUGGCUUGUUGAUCCUGCCGAUCACCAUCGCCUGGUGCCUGUUGGCUGCGUGGGCGAGAUGCUUCUCGAGGGGCCGAGUCUGGCGAGGGGCUAUCUGAACGAACCCGGCAAGACGGAGGAGAGUUUUAUCUUCGAUCCUGCAUGGGCGCAGCAUGCUUUGUCAUCAAGUGCCGGGGACAGAGAGAGCGUAGAUGAACGUCCCCGGCGUCGUCGCUUCUACAAGACAGGGGACCUGGCUCGGUACAACUCGGCCUCGGGCUCGCUGAGCUACGUCGGGCGCAAGGACACGCAGAUCAAGUUCCACGGCCAACGCAUCGAGCUCGGCGAGAUAGAGCACCAUCUGGCCGUUGACGAGAGCGUCCAGCACGCCAUGGUCCUCCUCCCGAAGCUGGGCCCCUUGGGGGGACGACUGAUUGCCGUGCUUUCGCUCCCGGAGUCCUCUGGAGUGCCACUGCAGCCUGCUUCUAGUGGCAAGAAAGUCGGAAACGCGGUGCUGACGCUGACUGAAAACCCGUCCGUGACCGAGCCCGUCUUGCAGCUCGUUCGCGCGCGGUUGUGCGCACAACUUCCUGAGUACAUGGUGCCGUCAACAUGGCUGUGCGUCGACGCCAUCCCCAUGCUGUCUUCCCGGAAGAUGGAUCGCAAGACCGUUGCCACGUGGGUCGAAAGCGUCAUCAGCAUCGAGCAGUGCCAGAAGAUCAUCAUGGGGAAUCAUCCCGCUCAGACUACGAAGACGACGACGACGACGACGACGACGACGACGACGGAAGAAGAGGGCGACGACAGUAACAUACUCCUGACCGAGGUUGAGGCCAAACUCGGCGACAUCUGGAGCCUGGUGCUGAACCUUCCCGCUGGUCAGAUCAGUCUAGGCGACCGCAGCUUCCUCAGUCUGGGCGGCGAUUCCAUCUCGGCCAUGGCCUGCGCGAGCUACGCCAAGAAGGCACAGCUGGGCCUGGCGGUGCAGGACGUCCUCCGCGCAAAGUCCCUGCGGCAGCUGGCCGCGGGGGUCAAGCCCAUUGCGCAACGAAACAAACAGCAUGAAGAAGAAGAAGAAGAAGAAGAAGAAGCAGGAGAAGCUCUUGACACAUGCUUCGACCUCUCCCCGAUCCAGCAGCUGCACUUCCAAGUCCGGGGUGUGGCCCAGGGCGACGAGCACUUCAACCAGAGCUUCUAUCUCCGUGUCACCCGCCACGUAGACGAAACAGCUGUCCGGGACGCGAUCGACGUCGUGGUGAGGCGCCACGCCACGCUCAGGGCGCGCUUCAAACCGAGCGGCGAGGGCGGAGAUUGGCAGCAGUUCACCACGGCCGAUGUGGGCGCAUCCUACCGCUUCCGCGCGCAUGCGCUAUGCUCGGCCCGUGAGGUUGACGCGGGCAUGUCCAGCGCCCAGGGUUGCCUAGACGUGCGUCGAGGUCCUGUCUUUGCGGCAGAGCUGUUUGCCGCCACGGAGGGGGACGGCGGCCAGCAGAUGCUGUUCAUGACGGCGCAUCACCUCGUCAUCGACCUCGUCUCUUGGCGGGUGAUCCUCGAGGAGAUGGAGGAACUACUGGAGAAUCCUUCGGCCGCCAAGGAAUCACUCUCCGUCCCUCAGUCGCUGACAUUUCGGAAGUGGACGGCCCUGCAGAAAGACGCCUGUGCGGGCACGCAGCUCAGCCAGGUCCUCCCAGCAGCGGCCCAAGUGCCUGCCGAACAGUUCGCCUACUGGGGGAUGCACGACCGGCCAAAUCUGUACGGUGACGUGGUGUGCCAGGGAUUCGAGCUCGACGCGGCCACCACGGCCACAGUUUCGACCCAGUGCCACGCCCCUUUCCGCACCGAGACCGUCGACCUGCUCCUGGCGGCGCUCAUCUGGUCCUUCCACACCACCUUCCCGGACCGGCCCACGCCGGCCAUCUUCAACGAAGGCCACGGCCGCGAGCCGCCGACCGGCGGCGCCGAGGUCGACAUAUCCCGCACCGUCGGCUGGUUCACGACCCUCUUCCCCGUCGCCCUGUCCUCCCCGGCCACCUUCGCCGACGCCCUGAUCCAGACCAAGGACCUCCGCCGGCGCGUCCCGGGCAACGGGCGACCGUACUUUGCCGCGCGGUUCCACACCAGCGAGGGGCGCGAGACCUGGGGCGCCCACCACAGAGCCAUGGAGGUGUCGUUCAACUUCCUCGGCCGCUACCAGCAGCUCGAGCGGGCCGGCGCCCUCUUCCAGCCGGCGGCGGGCGCCCUCAUGGCCGGCGAGUCCCACGCGGGCAGCAGCGCGACGGCCGACUUUGGGCGCGCCGCGCCGCGCUUCGCCCUGUUUGAGGUCUCGGCCGUGGUGGUGCGCGGGGCCCUGCGGUUCGGCUUCGCGUGGAAUCGCGGGAUGCGCCACGAGGCGCGCAUCCGCGACUGGGUUGCCGCGUGCCGCCGACUCCUGAUCGAGGCUGCUGCCGUGUUGCCCGGGCUGGCAAGCAGGAUCACGGCGAGCGAUCUCGCGCUGGUGCCGGAGCUCACCCCGGCGGAUCUCGACGCGUUCGAGCGGACUAAGCUGCCCGUCUUGGCGGGCGGGUGUCGUGGCUGGGACGCGAUCCAGGACAUCUACCCCGCCUCACCCAUCCAGCAAGGGCUGUUGAUGAGCCGGUCCAAGGACGGGAGCUUCUACGCCGUGCGCCGGGCGUUCCGGGUCAGGCUCGGCGGCGAGGACGACGGGGCAGUGGGUGAUGGCGCUGCUGCACGACUGGUGCAAGCGUGGAAAGGUGUCGUGCGGCACCAUGCGCUGCUCCGGACCGUCUUCGUUGACGCCAUCAGCCAGGCACGGGCGGGCAGCUAUGACCAAGUGGUGCUGAGAGACGUCGAUCCCUUGGUCGUGGUGCACGAGUGCCUGCGCGGAGAAGAAGACGAGAUGCGCGGAAUGGUGGAUAAUUUGGUGCCGAUGAAAUACCAGGACGGCACGCCGCAGCAUCGCCUCUCCGUCUUCUACGACAAGAAGGCCAGUAACAACGGCGUCUUCUGCGUGCUGGAGAUGAGCCACGCCGUCAUAGACGGGGCGUCGAUGGACAUUCUCUUGCGCGACCUCGGACGGAGCUACGAGGGGUCCCUCGACCGCCUACCGAGACCGCUGUUCAGCCCCUUCGUGGCGAGCCUGCAGCAGCGCAGCGCCGACGCGGACGUGGCCUUCUGGACGGCCCACCUCGCGGGGCUCGAGCCGUGCCACUUCCCCGUCCUGAACGACGGCAUCAGCGUGUCCGAGGCCAGAAGGGAACUGCGCUCCCUGAGGGUGUCGUUUCCCGGGCUGGCGGCGCUGCGGGCUUUCUGCGACGGCACCGGGGUCACCUUACCCAACGCGUUCCACGCCGCGUGGGCUCUGACGCUGGCGUGCUACACCGGCACCGACGACGUGUGUUUCGGCUACCUCGUCUCGGGGCGCGAUGCCACGCUCGUCGAGGGGUCCGAGGACGCCGUCGGUCCCUUCAUCAACAUGGCCACCCAGAGGGUGCGGCUCGGCGGUGCGGAUGAUGACCGCCAGUUGUCCCUGCUGCGUGUCCUCGAGGCUGUGCAGCAGGACCAGCUCGACUGCAUGCCCUACGCCCAGGCCUCGUUGGCUGAGGUGCAGCACGCGCUCAGCGUGCCGGGCGGCAUGGCGCUCUUCAACACGUGCGUAUCAUUCCGCCGCCGCCGCCGCCGCCGUCCUUCACAGCGAUUGCAGCAGGAGACGGAUACUGAGGGGCCGCUCGUGUUUGAGGACUUGGGAGCCAUCCAUGACCCGACCGAAUAUCCCAUCUCGCUGAACGUCGAGAUAGACGACGAGGGAGAAGCUGCCAUUGACAUGGACUACUGGACGGACGCUGUCGCCAGCCCACAGGCUGAACAUGUCGCGGCAACCUUUGUGCAGGCCCUGUCCAACAUGAUGGAGCAUGCCGAAACGCCCAUCUCGCAGCUGGACCACGUUCACGAGACGAGCAAGGAGCUCAUCUGGGCCUGGAACGCCAACAUUCCCGCCCCCACCGCGGAGUGCGUGCACCGCAUGGUCGAGAAGCAGGUGGCCCUCCACCCACAGGCGCAGGCAAUCCGCGGGUGGGACGGCGACUUCUCGUACGAGGAGAUGAACACCGCGGCGGACCGUCUAGCCCGGCACCUGCUCGACUUCGGCGUCGGGCCCGAGAUGCUCGUCCCCGUGUGUUUCGACAAGUCCGCCUGGACCGUGAUGGCCAUGCUCGCCGUCCUCAAGGCCGGUGGCGGCGUGGUCCCCCUCAACGCCACGGAUCCAGCCCACGCUCUUCAGGGUAAGGUGGUCGACACAGGCACGCACCUUGUGGUUGCAUCCGAGACGCGGGCGUCCCUGUUCGAGGCCAUGGUGCCGUAUGUGGUGGCCGCCGGUCCCGGAUUGCUGUCCCGACUAGCCGCCACCACCACCACCACCACCACCACCACCACCACCACCUCCACAACAACCACCACCUCAGCAGCAGCAGCAGCAGCAGCAGCUGACAGACAGGAAAUCCGGUCGGGCGUGUCCCCAGAGGACCCAGCCUUUGUCAUGUUUACCUCGGGCAGCACCGGCAGGCCCAAGGGCGUCGUGCUCUGCCACCAGGCCAUGGUGUCGAGCGCGCUCUCGCACGGCUCGGCGCUGGGCCUCGGCCCGCACACGCGUUUCCUGCAGUUCGCGGCCCACACUUUCGACAACAGCCUCGAGGAGAUGUUCACGACGCUCAUCCACGGCGGCUGCGUGUGCGUGCCCUCCGAGGCGGACCGGGUCGGCGACCUGGCCGGGGCCAUCGACGCGCUCGACGCCAACUUCAUGGACCUGACACCGACGGUGGCGGCGCUGCUGCGGCCCGAGCACGUGCCCAAGAUCCGCGGCAUGGCCGUCGGCGGGGAGCCGCUGACGCGCGAGGUGCUGGACGCGUGGGGAGGCGCUGUCCCCGUGCACAACCAGUACGGCCCGAGCGAGUGCUCCAUCAACGCGGCGCACCGCCUGCACACGGACGCGCGGGGCGACGUGGCCAACAUAGGAACUGGCGUUGGGAGCGUGUUGUGGGUGGCGGACCCGCGGGACCACGACCGGCUCGUGCCCGUCGGGUGCGUGGGCGAGCUGAUGAUCGAGGGUCCCAUACUGGGGCGGGGCUACCUGGACAGGCCCGCCGAGACGGCUAGGGCCUUCGUCGAGAUGCCCAAGUGGGCGCUGCAGGACCCGCGCCAUGCCGAGAGGGGGAGCAGGAGGAUGUACAAGACGGGAGACCUGGUGCGGUACAACUCGGACGGCUCGCUGAUCUAUCUGGGCCGUAAGGACACCCAGGUCAAGCUGCACGGUCAGCGCAUCGAGCUGGGCGAGAUUGAGCACCACGUCAAGGCCCAUCUGCCGCCCGCUGCUCAGUCUUCGGUUGAGCUGGUAUCCCUUGGACAGUCACAGAAGGCACUGGCCGUGUUUAUCUGUCUCCCUUCUUCUUCUUCUUCCUCUUGUUCUCCUUCCUCUGCCGAAGAGGAGUCGGAGUCGGAGUCAGAGUCGAAGGAGGAAAUCCGAGUCCUGCCCAUGGACCCGGGCUUUAGCACUCUCGCGCAGAGCAUCGUGGGAGCCAUGGCCACCCAGGUGGCCGCGUACAUGGUGCCCGGCCUGUUCCUGCCCGUGUCUAGGAUGCCCCUCACCUCGUCGGGCAAGCUGGACCGCCGACGACUGCGCACCAUGGCCCAGGCGCUGGCGCUGGCCCCCGGCAACGACGGCGUGGUGGCGUACCGCCUGGGAGGAGCCGCGACCCGCAACGGCCGCGCGCCCGAGACGUGUAUGGAGAAGACCCUUCAGGAGCUGUGGGCGUCUGUGCUCAAUGUGGCCGCCGAUUCCAUCAGUGCCGACGACAGCUUCUUCCGCCACGGCGGCGACUCGGUCGGGGCAAUGCGCCUCGUUGCAGCAGCCCGGAAGAGGGGCAUCGCGCUUAGCGUGGCCAGCAUCUUCCAGAUGCUCAAGCUCUCUGACAUGUCGAAAACGGCUAGUGGCACCGGUGUUGUUGAUAAUGGCGAGGCAGGGGGCGGUACUAGUGCUAGUGCUAGUGCUAGUGCUAGUGCUAGUGCUAGUGCUAGUGCUAGUGCUAGUAGUGCUGUUGCUGUUGUUGUCGAAGAACAGGACGAACCGCUGCCUGGACCGGCCGAGCCAUUCUCCUUGCUCAGGGAAAAAGGCGCAAUGAGCCUGGAGGGCCUGCAGGAGCAUGUCGCCUCGAUCUGCGGCGUCGACGUUGGUUCCGUGGAGGACAUGUACCCCUGCACCCCGUUGCAGGCAGGACUAGUUGCCGCGUCACAGAGGCAUUCCGGCGCCUACGUGGCGGUGAAUUCGUACGAGCUGCCUGCUGGCACAGACGUGUCGCGAUUCAAGAGGGCGUGGCAAGACGUCGUGGACUCGGAACCCAUCCUGCGAACACGCGUCGUGUUUGUCGAGGGCAUUGGCUUCUUGCAAGUCGUCGUCCGCGGCGAGAUCACCUGGACGACAGCAGCAAGCGUGGACGCCCUUCCCGAGACGCACCGCCAGCUGCCGCCGCACGAUGGCGGCAUCUUGUCUCGCUACACCAUCAUUGGCGACGACGAGCACAGCAGCCGGCCGACAUUCGCGUGGACGGCGCACCACGCGCUCUACGACGGAUGGAGCUUGCCGACACUACUGGGCCGGGUCGAGGCCCGGUACCGGCACCCGGAGGCGCCCAUGGUCCCAACGCCACACUACUCGCGCUUCGUCGAGUACCUGUCCGGCGUUGACGUGUCCGCCUCGGACGCAUUCUGGACGGCAAAGCUGUCCCCCGGCGCCACCACGGCGCCGCAGCAGUUUCCGCAACUCCCGCACCCGGGCUACCGCGUCCAGGCAACAAGCCAGACGCGCCGACCGGUACGCUUUACGAGGCCCAAGGGCGCAGAGCUGACGACAUCCUCGUUCCUGCGGGCGGCGUGGGCGCUUGUCGUGUCCAUCUACUCGUCUUCGGACGACGUCGUCUUCGGCGAGGUGCUCAACGGGCGCGACGUGCCCGUCGCCGGCGUCGAGGACAUGGUGGGGCCGACGCUGGCAUCGGUGCCCCGACGCAUCCGCAUCGAUCGCGCCCUGAGCGUCGGACAGGUGCUGGCUGACGUGCAGGCGCAGCUCAACGACGCCAUCCCGCACCAGUUCGCGGGCCUGCAGCGCAUCAAGACGCUCAGCCCUACCGCCGCUGCGGCGUGCGAGUUCCAAAACCUGCUGGUCAUCGAUGUGGCCGAUGAGGUGGCCGGGGAUAGCCUGUGGAGCAACAUGACCAGCGGCGGCACGACGCAGGGGGCCGACUUCUUCAGCUAUCCGCUCAACGUUACGUGCACCAUUGGGCGCAACAGCAACGAUGACAAGAUCGAGAUGCGCGCCUAUUUCGACGCCGAGGUGGUGCCGCGGUGGCAGGUCAUCCGCAUGUUUGGCCAGUUUGAGACGCUGCUGCUGCGCCUCUCGGCUGUCGAGAGCCAGCGAGACAGGAUCGGCGACAUCGACCUGCUCAGCCCAGACGACAAGGCGGUGUUGCGGGAAUGGAACAGGACUCCUGGCCCGCUCGUGGAGCGCCACGUCCAUGACAUGAUCAGCGAGCAGAUGGCCCGCCAGGGCAGCGCCGCGACGGCGGUUGUUGGCUGGGACGCGACCUUGUCCAACGGCGAGCUGGAUGCGCUCUCGACAGCCAUGGCACGGGAGCUCUCGACCAAGGGCGUUGGUCCCAACGGCGUCAGGUUCGUUCCGUUUUGUUUCGACAAGUCGGCCGUUGCCGUGGUGGCCAUACUGGCCGUGCUCAAGGCCGGUGCUGCGUUUGUCCCCUUGGAUCCUGCGCAUCCCGUCGGUCGACUGAGAGAGAUUAUUGGGGAUUGCUCAGCCCGCGUGAUCUUGUGCUCGCCUGAAUAUAAGGGCCUUUGCUCCCAUGUUGUGGACACGGUGGUGCCUGUCGACAUGGCCAUGCUGAAGAAGAUGGAGGGUGCGACACGGGCGACUCCGACCCUUGAAGCUGAUGUCGCCUGCCCGCCGAGCGACGCAGCGUAUGUCAUCUUCACGUCUGGGACGACGGGAAAGCCGAAAGGGGCGAUUAUCUCGCAUACAGCCUUCUGCUCUGGCGCUGCCGCACACGGCCCAGCCAUGCUCAUGACGCCGCCUUUUCGCUUUCUGCAAUUCGCAUCCUACACCUUUGACGCCUGCCUGGUCGAGAUCCUGACGACGCUCAUGAUGGGUGGCACUGUGUGCGUGCCACGCGAGGCGGAUCGCACCAAUGGCAACAUCGCCGCCGCCAUGGAGCAGAUGGGCGUCACCAUGGCCCUGCUCACGCCCUCGUUCGCCCGGGUGCUCGAGCCGGCCGACGUGCCGCACCUCAAGACCCUGAUCCUCGGCGGCGAGGCCAUGGCCCAGAGCCACGUCGCCGCCUGGGCCGACAGGGUGAACCUCGUCAACGCCUACGGCCCCAGCGAGUGCGCCGUCGUGGCGGCCGUGAACCCGCACAUGCGCCGCUCGUCCAACCCGGCGAACCUGGGACGAGGCCUCGGCCGCUGCUGGAUCGUGGAUCCCCGGAACCACGACCGUCUCGCGCCUGUCGGCUCCGUCGGCGAGCUGCUGGUCGAGGGCCCAACGCUGUCGACGGGCUAUCUGCAGAGCGAGGCAAGGACCCGCGAGGCCUUUGUCGAGAAUCCCCGGUGGGCGCGGGACAGGACCCUGCGCUAUCCGGACAUGGCGCUGACCCAGACGCCGCGCCGCAUGUACAAGACGGGCGACUUGGUGCGCGUCUGCGACGACGCCUCGGGCGGAAUGGUCUACAUGGGCCGGAAGGACGCCUCGCAAGCCAAACUCAACGGCCAGCGACUGGAGCUCGACGAGGUCGCUCACCACCUUGGUGCCGACGAUGCGGUCCGGCAUGCCAUUGUCAUGUUCCCUAGGAGCGGGCCUUGUGCCAAGCGCCUGGUCGCGGUGCUCGUGCUCCUCUCGCUUCGGGAAGUCGCCACCGGGGAACAGACCGACAAUGCUGCUAGCAAGUUUGAGUUGGUGACUUCCAGUGAGGAGGCGUCUUCCCUCGUGGACAAGGUCCAGGAGCGGCUGAGAGAGAAGCUGCCAGGGUACAUGGUUCCGUCAACCUGGCUCGUGCUCCGAGGUAUCCCGUUGCUGCCGUCAGGGAAGCUUGACCGUGCCAGCGUAGCCGGAUUUGUCGAGGGCAUGAGCGACGAGACGUUUGACAAGAUCACCGCGGGCCAUGACUUGCGUCAAGAAGACCAUGACGGAAAUGCAGCCGCCUCUCCGCGAAACCUCUCCAUCGACGAGAGGCUCGUAUCCAUCUGGAGCCAGGUUCUCAACGUGGCUCCUCGGAAGAUCGGCCGAAACGUCUCAUUCUUGCACCUCGGAGGCGACAGCAUUACCGCCAUUCAGGUCAUGGCGCGGUGUCGGGCUCAGGGCAUCAGCGUCGCCGUGCAGGACAUCAUCGGCAGCAAAUCGGUUCAUGAACUCGCCCUCAAGGCCGGCGUCCCCAAAGAGCAGCAGCAGCAACAGGUGGCUGCCGCUACCGACGAGGAUCAUCACGAAUUCGACCCGGCACCCAUACAGCAGCUAUACUUCCAACUCAUGGCGGACGGCGCACCUUCCGCCGCCGCCGCCGCUGCCGGGGGGCGCCACUGUAUGCAGUUCAACCAGAGCGUGCUGCUGCGACUGGCUAGGGAUGCCAGCCCCCACGAACUCCGGUCCGGCCUACACGCGCUGGUCAAGACGCACUCGAUGCUGCGGGCCCGGUUUAGGCGCGACGGCACGGGCAGCUGGCGGCAGCGGAUCACGUCGGACGUCAGCGGGUCGUACCGCUUCAAGACGCACGCCAUCAGCAGCGCGGACCGCAUGGAGAAGCGCAUCCAGAACUCGCAGAGGGCGCUCAACAUCCAGAGAGGUCCAUUACUGGCAGCGGACUGGUUCAGCAUUGGCAAGCAGAAGAAGGAGGAGGAGGAGGAGGAGGAGGAGGUCUGCGUCUUCAUCACCGUCCACCACCUGGUGGUCGACGUCGUGUCGUGGGGCAUCCUGCUCCAGGACCUGGAGGACUUCCUCGCCACGGGAAGCAUCAGUCCGCCCGCCUCGCUGCCCUUCCAGGCGUGGACCCGGAGGCAGUCGGAGCAGGCGCAGGCGCAGAAGAACGGGCCCGGCCUGCUCCCGCACCACGAGACUGCCGACGCCGAUCUGGAGUACUGGGGCAUGGCCGGCACGCCCAACCUCCAUGGCGACGUUGUUGUCGUCGCCGAGGACGUCGAGCUCGACAGCGACACGACGGCCCUGCUGCUCGGGCCCGAGUGCCACGGGCCGCUGCAGACCGAGCCGCUUGAUGUCCUGCUGGCGGCCUUGCUGCUGUCGUACCGCAACGCGUCGCCGGGUCGUCGGGGCGCGCCCACAGUAUAUAAUGAGGGCCACGGGCGCGAGGUCUGGGACGAGGCGCUGGAUCUUUCGAGGACGGUGGGCUGGUUUACCACGCUGUAUCCAGUCCACCUGCCGGAUGAAUCGUUCUCUGACAAUGAUAUCAUUAGCGCCAUCCGGUGGAUCAAGGACUAUCGGGAACGCCUGGCUGGCAAGGGGCGGCCCUACUUUGCCUAUCGGCUUCUGACUUCUAAGGGCCGCGAGGAGUACGGCCACCGCUGGCCGGUCGAGGUCGCAUUCAACUAUCUCGGGCAGAUGCAGCAGCUCAGCAGGACCGACACCUUCCUCCGGUCCUUUGACGGCGCCGGACAGUCCGUGAAUUCGGCAUCCGACAUCGGCAAGGACGUCCCCCGCUUCAGUCUCAUCGAGGUCUCGGCCCUCGUGACGGGCGGCAAGAUGAAGCUAUCCUUCGCGUACAACAAGCACAUGGAGCACCAGGACUCUCUUGCGAAGUGGGCCAAGGAGUGCGGGUCUCUCCUCCGGGAGGCCCCCCGACGAUUGAUGCGGCACACGCCUGAGAAGACCCUGGGCGAGUUCCCGCUUCUGCCGCUUGCCUACUACGGCUUGGAGAACUUGGGCCACAGACUCCGAGACGUCGGUGUGGACCUGCAGGACGUCGAAGACAUCUACCCUUGCUCCCCGAUGCAGCGCGGCCUGCUGCUGAGCCGGAUGCGGGAUCCCGACAAGUACGCAUACAGGGCCAUCUUCCAGGUCGAGUGCUCACGGGGGGGAGAGGAGAUUGAUCCGAAGCGCCUGUGCGACGCCUGGCAGGCUGUUGUGCGGCGCCAUGCGACGCUGAGGACCGUCUUUGUCGACACGGUGGGCGACGAGGGCUUGAUGGACCAGGUCGUUCUUCGCAGUGCGCCAGGGCGGACUCUGAUGCUGCACUGCGGCGACGAUGACGGUGAUGGGGAAGGGGAAGGGGAAGAGGGGCCGCUUGGCGCGCUGCAGAAGCUCCAGGCCAUCGACUACAACGAGAAGAAGCCGCCACAUCGCCUCGCGGUCUGCGCAACAAGCACGAAUAUCGGGCGUGUCUUUUGCCAGCUGGAGAUCAGCCACGCCAUCUGCGACGGGUCGUCGCUGCCGAUCCUCCUUGGCGACCUGGCUGAUGCUUACGGUGGCGAUAGCAGCAGUGCCACCGUGGCCGCCGGCAACGUCGUGCCGCUGUACCGCGAUUACAUGACCUACAUCCAGUCGCAGCCCCGCAGCGAUAGCGUCGGCUACUGGAAAGACUACCUGGGCGGCGCGGAGCCGUGUCUGUUUCCCCCUCUCACUGACGGAGAGGUGGACGCGGAGCCGUCGUCACUCGGCUCACACGCCGUCAGCCUCGGCUUGGGCAUGGUCGAAAUCAACGACUACUGUGCCGACGCAGAUAUCACCCCGUCCACACUGCUUCAGUUUGUGUGGGCACUGGUGGUCCGGUCGUACACGGGCUCGGACGAGGUCCUGUUUGGCUACCUGGCUUCGGGGCGGGACGUGCCCGUUGCGCACAUGGAGCACGCGGUGGGCGCCUUUAUCAACAUGCUGGUCUGCCGCCUCCGCAUCGCCGACGACACCGAGGUCGGCGAGGCUCUCGACACGAUGCGGGUGGACCUCGCCGACGCCAUGGCCCACCAGAGCUGCUCGCUUGCCGAGAUGCAGCACGAACUCGGGCUCCCCGGCGCGGCGCUGUUCAACACGGCGUUUACGUACCAGAAACGCACGGAUCCCCACCGGGGUCGCGGGCAGCGGUCGCCGCGGUCGGCGCUGCAGUACCGCGUGGUGAGCGCCGAGGAUCCCAGCGAGUACGCCGUCGCGGUCAACGUCGAGGCGGCGGACGAGACUGUCGAGGUCCACUUCAGCUACUGGAGAAACGUCGUCUCGGACGCGCAGAUCAGGAACGUCGCGGCCACGUUUGAGCAGGUCCUGAGCGACCUCGUGGCCGACGGGCGCGACGAUCGCACGGUGGGAGAGGUGGACCUCGUCGGCGGCGCGGGAAUCCGGCAGAUCUGCGCGUGGAACGACUACAAGCUUCCCCGCGUCGAGCAGUGCGUGCACCACGUCAUCUCGCAGCACGCCCUGCAGCGCCCGCUGUCGACGCCCGCCGUGUGCGGGUGGGAUGCCUCCUUUACCUACCGCGAGCUGGACGGCGCUGCAGCCACUCUGGCGCGCUACCUAGUCACCGUAGGAGCCGUCGGGCCCGAGGUGUUUGUCCCGCUCUGCUUUGAGAAGUCGGCGUGGACUGUCGUUGCGCAGGUCGCGGUGCUGAAGGCCGGCGGGGCCUUCGUCAAUCUCGAUCCUGGCCAUCCCGACAGCCGCCUUGCGCAGCACAUCCGAGACGUGGGUGCCAAGGUCGUGCUCUGCUCGGCAAAGCACAAGGCCAAGAUGGACAAGAUCACGAGCAUGGCUUUCGUGGUUGCCGCCGAGUCCAUCGAGGCCCUCAGCAACGCCUUGGCCCCAGAGACAGAGGCAAAGGCAGAGGCAGAGGCAGAGGCAGACGCAGCAGUAUUCGCCUCCUCCGCAGCCAAGCCGUCCAACGCGGCCUACAUCAUCUUCACAUCCGGGACGACGGGCAAGCCCAAGGGCACCGUCAUCGAGCACGCCUCCUUCUGCACAGGGGCCAUGGCCCACGCCAAGGCCAUGUUCAUGCGACCCGACUCGCGUGUCCUGCAGUUCGCCUCGUACACCUUCGAUGCGAGCAUCAUGGAGACGCUCUCGUGUCUGUUGGUUGGCGGGUGUGUCUGCGUGCCCUCGGACGAGGACAGGAUCAACGACGUCGCCGCCGCGAUCCGCAACAUGGGCGUCACCUGGACGCUGCUCACGCCGUCGGUGGCGAGCACGCUAAAGCCCGAGAGCGUCCCCUGCCUGAGGACCCUCGUCACGGGCGGGGAGCCCAUGGCGGCCGGCCACAUUGCGCGGUGGGGCACGCGGUGCGCGCUCAUCAACGCCUACGGGCCGACCGAGUGCUCCGUCGUGGCGACCACGAGCACAAAGGUCGACGAGUCUCACCGGGUGUGCAACGGCGACCGCUCCAACAUGGGCACCGCCGUUGGGGGCCGCGUCUGGGUCGUCGAUGCGCGCAGCCCCGAUCGCCUGGUGCCAGUGGGUGCCGUCGGCGAGCUGGUGGUCGAGGGCCGGCUGGUGGCCCGGGGCUAUCUCAAUGAAGAGGACCAGACCGCCAGGGCCUUCAUCCGGUCGCCAGAGUGGACGAGGCAUCCCGGCUUUGCCAAGUCCACGUAUCUCCGCCAGGACAGCAGCAGCAUGUACCGGACGGGCGAUCUCGUGCGCUACAACUCGGACGGAUCCGUCUCUUACGUGGCGCGCAAGGACAUGCAGAUCAAGCUGAAUGGCAGGCGGAUCGAGCUCGGCGAGAUCGAGGUCCACUGCCGGGGCGGCCUUCCAGACGACGCACAGGUUGCCGUGGAGGUGGUGGUGCCGCCCAACAACCGCGCCGCAACCAAGUCCCUCUGCGUCUUGUUCAGCCUCCCGCCACCCUCACCCUCGCCCUUGAGCAACGGACCCGCCACCGCCACCGCCACCGCCACUCCCACCCCCACUGCCACGACAAGCUUCUCUCUUCUACCCAUGAGCGAGCCGCUGCGCAAGCUUGCACACGCCAUGGAAACUUAUCUCUCCGGGAUGCUACCGGCCUACAUGGUCCCGCAGCUCUUCGUGCCCGUCUCGGCAAUGCCGUGGACAAGCGCGGGCAAACUCGACCGCAGACAGCUCCGCCGGGCCAUUGAGGAUGCGAGUCAGGAGGCCGUGGCGCCCUACAGGUUGUCUGCUGCGGCCGCGGCCGCGAAGCGUCGCGCGCCGGCCAGCGAGAUGGAGAAGAGGCUGCAGGGCCUGUGGGAGGGGGUGCUCGGGCUCCCCGCCGGCUCCGUCGGCGCCGGGGACAGCUUCUUCCGCGUCGGCGGCGACUCGCUCACGGCCAUGCGGCUCGUCGGCGCGGCGCGCGCCCGCAGGAUUGUGCUGUCGGUGCUGGAUAUCUUCGAGAAGCCCGUCCUGGCCGAUAUGGCGCGGGCGUGCGGCGGGCUGGAGGUCACGGUCCUCCCGGCCGAGGAGCUGAAGCCCUUCGACCUGGUGCCGUGCUCCCCGUCGGAGCUCGACGCCCUUGUGCACGAGGUUUCCGCCCAGUGUCUGCUGUUUCCCGAGCAGAUCCGUGACAUGUAUCCCUGCAGUCCGCUACAGGAGGGCCUCGUCGCCCUCGCAAAUAAGCAGACGGGCGCGUACGUGGCGGUCAACACCCUGAAGCUUCCGGAGCAUGUCGACUUGGACCGCUUCAAGGCGGCUUGGCAGGAGGUUGUCGACGAGACUGACACUCUUCGCACCCGGAUUGUGCAUACCGCCGCGUCGGGAUUCCUACAGACCGUGGUAGCGCCAGAGCCAAUAGACUGGCACGAUGAGCCUCUCGUGGAGGAGGCCGUCGCCAAGGGGAAGACACUCGGGUCACAGAAUGGAGGCAGGCUGACCAGAUACGCCAUUGUCCAAGGGCAGCAGCAGCAAGGUCGAAAUAAUAAUAAUGAUGGGCGCCACUUUGUCUGGGCCAUCCACCAUGCACUUUACGACGGAUGGAGUCUGCCCCUGAUUGCGAGACGAGUCCAGGACGUGUACAACACCAAGAAAAACAACAACAUCUGGGGACCACAGAAGAAUAAUAAACCUAGUCCCCGCCCCGCAUACGCAAACUUUAUUCACUACCUGGGACGCAGGGAUGUGGCCGCCUCGGAAAAGUUUUGGACGGAUUCGAUGAGCGGUGCGUCUUCGGUCACACAUUUCCCGCAACCCCCACCGGUUGUUGUCAACCACAAGGAGACCCCGAGGUUUCGAGCCGAGACUCUCAACGUCAAGGUCAGCCGCAACGACAUUCUCAUCGAUAUCACUGUCCCUACCCUGAUCCGCGCUGCAUGGGCCAUUGUCCUGGCCGCAUACACGGGAAUGGACCAUGUUGUGUUUGGAGAGACGCUGGCGGGGCGCAACGUUGACGUGGGUGGCGUGAUGGAAAUGACUGGGCCGACGUUUACCACCGUCCCGACAAGGGUGCGACUGUGCCGCGACAUGCGCCUUACUGAGUUCCUGCGGAACAUGCAUGGCAUGGCCAGCCGAGUGGUUCCCCACCAGCACCUAGGGCUGCAGCACAUCAAGAGGCUCAACCCAGACUGUUCAGGUGCCUGUAACUUCCAGAAUCUGCUCACCAUCAACACCUCCUCCUCCUCCUCCUCCUCCUCCUCCUUUUUCCGGCAACAGGAGGAGCAGCAGCAGCAGCAGAACCAGCACCUUCAGGAGGCUGAUUGGAACUUCCAAGGGGGCUCCUCGGCGGAGAGCUUCUUCACCCAUCCCCUCGUGCUGGAAUGCAACGUCACCGACGCCGCCAUCGAGGCCACCUUCCACUACGACGAGAAAGUGCUCUCGACGUGGCACACAAAGCGUCUCGCCCAUCAGCUCGAAGCCGUACUGAAGCUGCUGGCUGAUAGGUCCGCGAGCAAGGAAGCCACCUUGGCCGACAUCCAUGUCAUCAGCCCCGAGGACCAGGCCCUCAUUGCAAGAUGGAACCGCUCCAACAACGGGCCCGGGGAGGUAGUCGACUCGUGCAUCCAUCAUCUCUUCUUAGAACAGGCGUCUGCGCAGUCUGAUUGGGUGGGUAUCAGCGCCUGGGAUGCCGAGUUGACGUACGGGGAGAUCCGCGACCAUGCCUUCCGUCUGGCGGUCCGUCUCAGUCAGCUCGGCGUCGGUCGGGGGACUCUGGUGCCCGUCUGUCUCGCCCGCUCGGCCUGGUCGGUCGUCACCCUGCUGGGCAUCCUCAUGGCCGGCAGCGCCUUUGUACCGCUCGACCCGGCCCACCCCUUGGCCCGGCAGAAGGAGAUGCUGGAAACGAUCGCGCCAUCCCUCGUCAUCUGCAGCCCCGAGCACGCGUCCCGCUUUGCAGAUGUCGUCGGCACGCGCCUCUCGGUGGACGGCGCCACCAUCCGCAAUCUUCCUCCUCCACCGGCUUCUUCUUCUCUUUUGACUCGUGACUCUCCCUCCGACACCAACCCCAGCGCCAGCAGCAACACGGCCUACGUUCUUUUCACGUCGGGCAGCACGGGGCGGCCCAAGGGCGUCGUGGUAGCCCACCGCGACUUUUGCAGCAGCUCGCGCGCCUUCGCCCGCGCGACGCACAUGGACGCGUCGUCCCGCGUCUUCCACUUCGCCUCGCUGACGUUCGACGCCGCCCUCAUGGAGGUGCUAACGCCCCUCACCCUAGGCGCGUGCGUGUGCGUCCCGGCGGGACACGAGCGCCUCCACGACCUGGGCGGCGCCAUGACCCGGCUGCGCGCGACGUGGGCCUUCCUCACGCCGUCGGUCGCCAACCUGCUUGACCCGGCGGCCGUCUGCCCCGGGCUCAAGACGCUCGUGUGCGGCGGCGAGGCCAUGGUUGCCCAGACGGUGGCGCGCUGGGCCAACCGCGUCGAGCUGAUGAACGGCUAUGGCCCCACCGAGGCGUGCGUCCUCGCCGUCGUCAACCAGCGCGUGUCGGCGGAGCGCGACCCGGCCGUCAUCGGCCGCGCGACCGCCGCGGCGCGCACAUGGGUCGUGGAAUUACCCAGGGAUGGCCACGACGACCACGACCACGACCACGACCGCGGCCACGACUGGCUCGCGCCCGUCGGGGCCGUCGGCGAGCUGGCCAUCAGCGGGCCCCUCCUGGCCCGGGGCUACCUGCAAGACCCGGACAAGACGGCGCGCGCGUUCGUCGAGAACCCGGCCUGGGCGAGGGCUUGCCCCGCGGCCGGCGGCGGCGCUGCUGCUCCUCCCCCCUCGCGCAUCUACCGCACGGGCGACCUGGUGCGGUACCGGCCCGAUGGAGCUCUCGAGUUCGUCGGCCGCAGGGACGGCCAGGUCAAGGUCAACGGCCAGCGGAUUGAGCUGGGCGAGAUUGAGAGCUGGCUGUCGGCUGACCGCCGCGUUCGCCUCGCGCUCGUGGUGCAGCCCAAGAUGGGACCCUGUAAGGGGCAGCUGGUCGGCAUCGUCACCUUGAAAAGCAGCAGCAGCAGUAGUAGUAGUCCCGUUGUUUCCGAAGGGGCCGGGGUCGGGGCCGGGGCCGGGGCUGCAUUCAUCUCGCCCGGCGACGGCGGCGAUUGUAACCCUGUGGACGGUCCGCCGGAGCGGCUGGCCCAGGCCCGCACCGAGGUUGCCGAGAUUCGGAGUCGCCUGGCAGACUUGCUCCCGCAGCACAUGGUUCCGGCCGCGUGGAUCAUCCUCACGAGCCUGCCGGUCGUCGUGUCGGGCAAGCUGGACAGACAGAGAGUGGCGAGAUGGGUUGAGGGCCUCGCCGACGCGACGUACGAGCACAUAGCAAGCGGCCUCGGCCUCUCGGGGGACGAAGAGGAAGAGGACGAGAUCCAAGUGACCGGGCCCACCAAGACGUUGAGGGAGAUUUGGGCCAGGGAGCUGCACCUUCCCGUGGACCGCAUCAAGUUCAAUCAAGCGUUCCUUAGCCUCGGUGGCGAUAGCAUCAGGGCAAUGGGGGUCGUCUCGCGGGCUCGAAACGCCAAGCUCAUUGUGUCCAUCCAGGACGUGCUACGGUCCAAAUCCGUCGUCCAUCUUGCCCAGCUCGCCAAAUUGUCUCCCUCGUCUACAGCAACCGACGCGCACGGCGAGGAGGAAACUGAAGAACCGUUUGCGCUGGCCCCAAUUCAGAGCAUGUAUCUGAAAUCGGCCGUCAAGCAUCAUGGUGAGGCCCGUCUCAACCAGAGCUGCGCCCUGGGCGUUCCCCGACGUGUUACCGUCGACGCUAUUAAGCGGGCCAUGGAUUCCAUCGUCCAGCGUCACUCCAUGCUUCGUGCGCGCUUUUCCAGGAAGCAGGAUGGCAACUGGGAACAGCGAAUCACAAAGAUGCGGCCUUUACUAUACUGCUCUCUUGAGCACACUCUGAGCUCUCGGCAUGAGAUGACGCCGAUCAUGGCAGCAGCACAAGCCGGCCUCUGCAUUGAACGCGGGCCUGUAUUCAGAGUCGACCUGUUUGACCUGGCUGGUCAGGACCAGAUCGUUAUCUUCAUGGUUGCCCACCACCUCUGCGUCGACAUGGUUUCCUGGCGCAUUAUCGUGCAGGACCUGAGCCAGAUUCUGGAGACGGGCUCCCUUGCGGUGGAGACCCCUCCGUCAUUUCGGUCCUGGUGUGCUCUGCAGUCUAGCCACAACAAAACCGUCGAUACGGAGACUCUCCUGCCCUUUGAAGAGGCACCGUCUGAUCUGGACUACUGGGGCGCACACGGACCUCUCACAUACGGCAGGACUGAGACCGAGACAUUUAGUCUCAGCGAAGACAUGACAAGACUCGCCCUGGUGGACUGCCAUGAGGCUUUCAGCUCGGAGCCAAUCGACCUCUUCCUGGCGGCCGUUGCGCACGCGUUCUCCAGGAUCUUCACGGACAGAGACGUGCCGACGCUGCACACCGAGAGCCACGGCCGCGAAGCCCCGGCAGGCUCCCACAUCGACCUGUCUCGCACAGUCGGUUGGUUCACAACAAUAUGUCCCCUGGUUAUCUCAGUCCGUGCCGAUGAUGCCGUAGAUAGCGUGCGCCGGAUCAAGGACAUGAGGCGCAGCAUCCCAGGAAAGGGCAGACCGUAUUUUGCGCACAAGUGCCUGAGCCGCGCGGCCGAGGCAGCGUCACCCGCGAUGGAGGUUCUGUUCAACUAUCUGGGUGAGGGAGUGCAGCAUCUCGAGCACGCCGACUCGCUAAUCCGCCCGGUCGAGCUCGACGACGAUCAAGGCCUCGAUUUUUCCAGAGUCACAGCAGACGCGGGCCCGGAGACCACGAGGCUGGCCCUCUUCGAGAUUUCAGCCAUCGUCGUCAACAACAGGCUGCAGUUCAGUUUCUUGUACGACGGCAGCCUGAGGCGAGCCGGCGAUGUCCAGAGGUGGAUCGGCGACUGCAAAAGCACACUCGAGGAGACGGUCCAGGGCCUGAUGCGGCGCCCCGCCGAGCCAACACUGAGCGACUAUCCGCUCCUGCCGCUGACGUACGACGACCUUCGCACGCUGACCAAGGUCGCCCUCCCGCGUGUCGGUAUCGACCACGCCUCCUCCUCCCACGUAGAGGACAUUUAUCCGUGCACACCGGUCCAGGAGGGCAUGCUGAUCAGCCAGCUCCGCGACCCGAGCGCCUAUAUCUUCCACGCCGUCUACAGCGUCAAACACGCGAGCGACCCCCAUGUCGGUUUGGAUGCGGACAGACUUGGACGGGCGUGGCAAAAAGUUGUGGAUCGCCAUGCAGCCCUCAGGACCGUCUUCAUCGAGAGCGUCCACCGCGGUGGCGUCUUCGACCAAGUUGUGCUGAACAAGGUGGACAGCGGAGUUGUCCUGCUCAGGAGCAGCGACGAGGAAGCGAUGGCAAGGCUCGGCCAGGUUACCCUCCGAGGGACAGCCAACCAGGCGAAACAGCCGCAACUCCCUCAUCGACUCGCCGUUUGCACGACGCAUAGUGGUAGGGUGCUCAUGAAGCUCGAGGUCAACCACGCCGCCAUGGACGGCGGCUCGCUGUCCAUCAUCCUCGAGGAGCUGGCAUGCGGAUACGCGGGCACUCUCGACAGUGCUCCUGGUCCUAUGUAUCGGGACUACGUCCAAUACAUCUGCAGCCGGCCGGCCCGGGCGGACACCGAGUACUGGAUGCGUUAUCUGGACGGUCUAAAACCGUGUUACUUUCCGAAACUAAACACCAACACCAGCAUCAGCACCAGCACUAGCACCGCCGCCGCCACCGACACGAGGCGCCUACGAUCCGCCGCGCUCCAGUUUGACCGCUACUCCGAGCUCCGGCGGCUCUCUGAGCGAAUGCACGUCACCCUCGCCAACAUGAUGCACGCGGCAUGGGCCUUCGUGCUGCGCAAGCACACCGGGUCUGACGACGUCUGCUUCGGGUAUCUGACGGCAGAUCGCGACGCGCCGGUCGAGAACAUCCGCGGCGUUGUGGGGACGCUCAUCAACAUGCUCUGCUGCCGCGUCCAGAUCUCCAGCUCGCAAACGCUUGAGGACGUCUUCCGGACGGCCCAGGACCAGCACCUCCAGAGCAUGCCGUUCCAGCGCUGCUCACUGGCACGGGUGCAGCACGAGCUUGGGCUGGCGGGCAAGUCUCUCUACAACACCUCAAUCUCGACGCAGAGUCAUUCUCUUGGGGGCGGGGAGAGCGGGGGAGGAGGUAAUACCAUCGCGUUCGAGAUGGAAGAGGGCGAUGAUCCUAGUGAGUACGCCAUCACGGUCAACAUUGAAGCUUCAAAGGCCAGCGAGGGUGUUGUGUUCCGAUACUGGUCCGAUCAUGUCAGCGAUGACCAAGCCCAAGAGAUGGCCCGCUGCAUGGCUCAGGUCUUGGACGGCUUCAUCAACCGACCCGCACAGUCCGUUGCGGAACUCGACUUCGAACUCGACAGGAAGCCAACAACUAAAUCGCCUAGUGAAUGCCGAGCCGAAGCUGCCGGCGCUGCCGAGGCAACAAAGGGCCGAGUGAGUGAGGAACCGCUUGCUGGCCCAGGGACUCCAAGGAGCAUAGGUAAAUCAUCUUCGGUCGCUUCUUCUUCUUCUGAGAAUUCCGUCGAUACGCUCUUCAAGAAGCCGUCGCCGACCGCACAGGUCAACACGCGGGCCGCCCAGAGCUCCCGCGAAAAGACACUCCUUGCCUUGUGGAGCGCUCUGCUAAACCUGCCCGAUGACUCCAUCAGCGGGCAGGACAGCUUUUUCCACCUCGGUGGCGACAGCAUCGCGGCGAUGAAGCUCGUUGGCGACGCCCGGGACCAAGGCCUGGCACUCACCGUUGCAGAUGUGUUCCGCCAUCCAUCCUUCGACGACAUGGCAGCGAGAGUUCGCGCCCCGGAUAUGGAUGCCUCGGAUGAACUUGCGAACGGGAACAAACCUACUAUCACAAAGCUGGCAGCCAAGCACGAUCCUUACGAGCGAUUCUCGCUCCUCGCAGCAGCAAACGUCGAUGCGUUCCUCCAAACCAGCAUCGUCCCGCAAGUUUGUGUUUUCAGGGGCGGGCUCUCGGACGUGCUCCCUGCGACAGACUUCCAAUCCCUGGCCGUCGCAGGCGCCCUUCUCAAGUCCCGUUGGAUGCUGAACUACUUCUACCUCGACGGCGACGGGCCGCUGAACCUCGGCCAUCUCAAGCGCACGUGCUUCCGGCUCGUCCAGGCGCUGGACAUCCUGCGCACCGUGUUCGUGCCCUCGGGGGGCCGGUUCCUGCAGGUGGUUCUGCGUACGCUUCGGCCCGCAUUCCAUGUCGUCGAGGUCGACGAUGAGUCGCUGGACGACUUCACGACGGGCCUGCUGAAGCGCGACCGCGGCGGAGGAGGAGGAGGAGGAGGAGGAGGAGCGGGAGAGGGAGGGCCCAGCCCCCGGCUCGGCGAGCCAUUUGUCGAGUUCACAGUGGUUAGGCAUCGGCACAGCAGCCGCCACAGGAUUCUCCUACGCAUAUCACACGCGCAGUACGACGGGGUGUGCUUCCCUAAGAUGCUGGACGCACUCCAAGCCGCGUACCGGGGCGAGACGGUCCCCCGUCCGCCCUCGUUCGCUAACUAUCUGCGUGCUUCGGCAGUGGCGCUGACGUCGGACCACUAUCAGCACUGGAAUAGGCUACUCGAGGGGUCGUCCAUGACGGAGAUCGUGCGUCGCAAGGGGCCAAACUACCGCACGACCGUCGCAGGGGCAACAACCACCACUCUCAAGAGGACGGUCCACCUGCCGCCUGUAGAGUCUGGCCACAUCACCACCGCCACCAUGGUCAAAGCGGCGUGGGCCUACGUUCUAGCGCAGGUCUCGGCCAGCGCGGACGUCGUCUUCGGGCACACCAUCAGCGGGCGCAACGCCGCCGUCGAGGGCGUCGGGAACAUGAUGGGGCCUUGCCUCAACCUGUUGCCGGUGCGCGUGCAAUUCGGCGGGCCGGGCUGGACGGCCAGGCACCUCCUCCACCAGGUCCAGGACCAGCAGCUCGCCAACAUGCCGCACGAGGUGCUGGGCUUCCGCGAGAUCAUCCGCCACUGCACCACCUGGCCCGGCUGGACCUACUUCACGUCGACGGUCCAGCACCAGAACGUGCACCAGAGCACUGUGGUGCGCCUCGGCGACGUCGACUACCAGGUCGGGUGUGCGUCGACGGCGCACGAAGACUUUGCCGACCUGUCCGUCUUCUCGCAGCAGCACCGGCAGGCGUGCGACGGAACCGACGGCGGAACAGACGACAUGUACGAGAUCAUGGUCAGCUUCGCCGAGGGCGGCGCCAUCCCGCACGACUUUGCCGAGCGCGCGCUCGACAUGCUAUGCGACGCGGCGCGCAUUUUCGCCGCCGACCCGGACGUGGCGCUGCCCUCCCAGGCCGAACUUUUCCGCAGGCCCCGGCAGGUGCCGUUCGAUGAGGUGUCAUCAGCCGCUCCUUCCUCCUCCUCCUCCUCCUCCUCCGAUAAUGCCUUCCAGGCCUCCUCCCAUCUCCAGCACCUCGGCCGCGCCCAGCUACUUGACCUCCACACGCUGGUCAGCACGGCCUGGCGACAGGUACUGGCGCUCCCAGGUCAACAAAUUAAAAUCAAAGCCAAGGAGACAGAGGCCAGCGCUGCCGCUGCUGCCCACAACACGUCGUCGGCUGGCGGCCUCGAUCCCGACACGUCCUUCUUCGCCCUCGGCGGCGACAUCAUCGGCCUCGCCCAAGUGGCCUGGUUGCUGGACCAGGGGGGGUUUCCCGUGCCGCACCUGGAAGACCUGGUCGAUCAUCCCACCGUGCGUGGGCACAUGGCCGUGCUUGCGUCAUCCACCUGCGGCGGCGGAGCGGGCGCCAGAGGGAUCGCUUCUGCUGCUUCUGCUGCUGCUGCUGUUGUCUCUGCCGCAGCAUCACCUUUGGAGAUAGAAGAAGAUGCUGCUGUUCCGGUGGUGCGGAGGAUAAGCAGGGUGGACUCCUCCCUGGCAAAGGCGGUGCGUCUGGCCAAGAGGUUCACAAAGCGAAAACAUGAACCUCGCUGUGAGGUUAAUGCGCCAGCGGCGGCGUAA